CUAUUAAGUACAGGAAUUCGAGUAAAUAGGGCUACAGAGUACUUUUUCACCCUCUAGAGCAGAGCAAACGGUAGUCGAGGUAGGGUUUUAUCAGUCAGGAAUUUACAUUGAAAACGCCAAGUCGAUCGAUCGUGGAUAUUGAGCACGAAGCACGUGAUUCGCAAUCCGGACGGGGCCGAGCCAACACGCGAACGUGUGUACCGAAACCCAAUAGAUACACCGCGCUUAGUUGACCGUGAAGGCCUUUUUCUUGCGUACCAACCCGAGACAGAAGCGACACACACCUCACACACGCACAAGUUACAUAUACACCAACGAGCGAACCAACCUGUCAACCAACCAACGCCAUCAGGAUACUCCGAACCUACCCCCGCAGCACAGCGUGUGUUCCCUCCCUGCCUCGUUCCAAUGAUGAAGUUUUCGUUCGCUGCCACAACCUUUCUGGGUGUCGUCGCCGUGAUUGGCACCGUACACGCCGACGAACCUCCGGCUUGCCUGACAUCGACUGCGGACCUUUCGGUGGAUAUCUUCACCGACAAGGUAGAACCGCUCUUCUCCCAAGGAUGGAAUGUGACUUACCAUAACACCUACAAGAUUGCCAACAAUCUCUUCGACAACACGACCUACCUCCUCUACCAGUGUGGUAGCACGCCUCCGGCCGAUGUCGUCGACAACGGCAACUUCAACGCCGUCCUCGAGAUUCCCCUGUCCAACGUGGGUCUCUCGCAAACGCCGCACAUUGGCUUUAUGGAGCAACUCGAACUCGUCGACGAAAUUGCGGCCUUUUUGACCGACACGGACUUUAUUUCGUCGCCUUGCUUCUUGGACGAGAUCGCCGCCGGUAACGUCCUCACACUGGUGGAACCCAGUGAAGGGGUAGACGCACCCGCCACUGGCAACACUGCACUCAGUGCUGGCACGGUAGCCUUUGUAGCGUCCUUCACCCAAGUCCCCUUUGACAAUACGGUCAACAUCCAAGAGUACAGCGAACUCACCAACGUGGCCGUCUUUGAAUGGGUCAAGUUCUUUUCCGUCUUCUUCAACAAGGAGCACACCGCCAACCAAGUCGUCGAGGCCGCGGAAUCGCGCUUUGAUUGCGUCGCGCAAAACGCCGGAGCCGUCCAGGCCGACAAUAUGCCGGUCAAACCCGUCGUCUUGUGGGCCUACUACAGUGAUUUCUGUGGCGGAUGGGAUGUCGCCGAAUGCCCCAACUACUACUGCGAAUUCGCCAACGCGUGCGGGGCCGAAAUUAUUAGCAGUACCGAAGGCAACACCACCGUCUGCGGUGCACCCUACAUGACCACGGAAGAAUUGGUGGAACUCGGAAAGGAUGCCGAUCACUGGAUCUAUCCGUCCAGUAACUGGGAUACGGCAUCGGAAACCUUCGGCGAGCAGCUUCAGAACAUGAAGGCCGUGCAGGACCAACAAGUCUUCGAUUACCAGGCAUCCGGAGAAAAUGCUUGGUUUGAGCAGCGCUAUGCGGAAUACUACAACGUCUUGGCCGACUUUUGUGCCGUUGUUGGUACCACCCAGCCCUUGACCGGUCGUUCCUGGUUCCGCAACGUAUUUACCGAACCCGUCGGUAGUCUCCCUGAUUGCUCGCCCACUCAGUCGGCCAACAUUUUGGACGAUGUCCACAUUUGCUUCCUUCCCACGACCGGCGGUGCUGCGGCUGGUGGUGGCAGUGGUAGUGGCGGUAGCAGCGCCAAGGCGAUCGCGGUCGGGACCGCUGCGCUGGCGGCGGGACUACUCAGUCUUAUACACGUAUUGUUGUUCUAAUGGAAGUCCAAGAUGGGUUGCCUACACCUAUCCGCUUACAAUAAAAACGUAACUACUAAUGCGAGGAAUCAAGUA